CUUACAUGGUAUUAGAGCUGGUUUAAAACCUAGUAUUUUCGCUUCCCCGGCGGGCGGCAACCUCACCUUAGCCGCCCGCCGGACCUCAACCUAUUCCGCUGAUAAAAUCAACAAAGAUUUGUGCAACUGUAGUCAUGUGUGAGGCUGAUGGAGAAGAAUUCUUUACCUCAUAUGACGAGACAGUCUGGAACUGGAAACACUGCAACAUUCUGCUCUGGAAUUCUGCAGCAGCUAGAUUAUAGCUUGGUUGUGUGCCAAGCUUUGGUUCUUCCACCCACUCUUGAACUUGCCCAGCAAAGUGUGAAGGUUCAUGCUUGUGUUGGAGGGACUAGUGUGCGCGAAGAUCAGCGCAUUCUCUCCAGUGGGGUUCAUGUUGUUGUUGGUACUCCUGGUCGUGUGUUUGACAUGUUGCGGAGACAAUCACUUCGCCCUGUUUACAUCAAAAUGUUUGUCUUGGAUGAAGCUGAUGAAAUGCUGUCACGAGGUUUUUAAAAAUCAGAUCUAUGAUAUUUUCCAAUUGCUGCCACCCAAAAUCCAGGUUGGGGUGUUCUCAGUU